AGACUUUCAAAGAAAGCUUGCACAAAACCAUGGAAGAUCAAACGCAACCUAUUCUGCCAAAACAGAAUUCUAACUCCGGCCAUGAAGCACUUGAGUUUAAGAGCUUUAGUUCGUGCCUUAAAUGGGUCUUUGUGGAUCAGUCUAGUAUAUGGAGGACAGGUCUUUCAUGGUCACUCUUCUUCGUCUUAGCCAUUGGUGUACCACUAGUCUCGAACUUUCUUCUCUCCUGCUCGAGCUGUGAUGCCAACCAUAGUAGACCUUACCAUGUUGUUUCUCAGCUUUCGCUUUCCUUGUUCGCGGGUCUCUCCUUCGUCAGCCUCUCCUUCUGGACUCGAAAAUUCGGUCCGAGAAGGUUUCUCUUCCUUGACAAGCUAUGUGAUGCAAGUGAGAAAGUCCGUCAAGAAUAUAAGCAACUAUUUCAUAAUUCAAUGAAGCUCCUAUGCUUCAUUGUCUUCCCCUGUUUUGCUGCAGAGUGUGUGUACAAAAUAUGGUGGUAUGUCUCAGGAGCAACAGAACUACCAUACUAUGGUAACAUGUAUUUGAGUGACACCAUACUAUGCAUGUUGGAACUGUGUUCAUGGCUUUACAGGACCACAAUUUUCUUCCUGGUGUGUGUUAUGUUCCGGCUUAUAUGCAGAUGUCAAAUAAUAAGAAUAGAAAGUUGCGCACAAGUUUUUCAAAAGGAAACCGAGGUGGAGACCAUAAUGAUGGAACACAACAAGAUCAGAAAGACCCUUCGGGUUAUAAGCCAUCGAUUUCGAGUGUUCAUCUUGAUCUCUCUGAUCAUGGUUACUGCGAGUCAGCUCGCCUCUCUUGUCACUAUAACCAGGUCGAGUGCUCAUGUUAAUAUCUUCAAGGCCGGAGAACUCGCCUUAUGUUCUAUAAGCCUUGUUACUAGUCUAUUCAUAUGCUUGCGGAGUGCAACCAAAUUAACACACAAGGCACACUCAAUUACUGGGCUUGCUGCAAAGUGGAAUGUCUGUGCCACAAUCCACUCUUUUGAUUACGCAGAAACCGAGACUCCGAUGAUACCUCAGGUUUCCUCAGAUCAUCAAGUGUUUCCUUUCGGUGCUGAUUUGGAAUCGGAUGAUGAAGAAGCGGACGAAGACGACGAUCUGGACAAUGCCAAGUUGGUGCCAGUUUUCACAAACACAAUCUCAUUCCAGAAGAGACAUGCUCUAGUGAAAUAUUUGGAGCAUAAUAGAGCGGGAAUUACAGUGUUUGGGACCAUGGUGGACAGAACAUGGCUUCACUCUAUUUUUGGAAUUCAGCUGGCACUUCUUCUAUGGACGCUCAACAAGACAAUUAGUUAAUUCACAUUAGUUAGGUGUGAUAUAUGAAGGCUUUUGAACUAUUAUAUGAAUAGCGAUAUUAGGCGAUGAAAAAUUUGAGCUUGGGAUCUCAACUCGGGAGAGAAAUGAUGCUUAUUAUUCAUAUAUUUCUUGUUCUAGGAUGAAUACUAAUUCAUUAUACAUGCAUCAUAAUGCAUCAUCUUCUAGCU